AUGGAGGAGCCCGGAGACGCGCCGGCAGCCAGGCGGGGCCCGCCAGCGCCCGGGAGACCCGACUAUGCGCUCGGACUUACUCUCGUGGGACACACGAAAGCUGUCUCUUCGGUGAAGUUUAGCCCCGACGGGGAGUGGCUGGCGAGUUCUUCUGCAGACACACUUAUUAUCAUCUGGGGAGCCUAUGAUGGAAAACACGAGAAAACACUUCACGGCCACCACCUGGAAAUAUCAGAUGUUGCCUGGUCGUCGGAUUCUAGCCGGCUUGUGUCUGCCUCCGAUGACACCACUCUGAAGAUCUGGGACGUGAAGUCUGGAAAGUGCUUGAAAACACUGAAGGGGCACCGUAAUUAUGUGUUUUGUUGUGACUUCAAUCCACCAUCCAACCUCAUCAUUUCAGGAUCUUUUGAUGAGAGUGUGAAAAUAUGGGAGGUAAAAACAGGGAAAUGCCUCAAGACGUUGUCUGUUCAUUCUGACCCAGUUUCGGCUGUUCAUUUUAAUUGUAGUGGGUCCCUGAUAGUGUCAGGAAGUUAUGACGGUGUCUGUAGAAUCUGGGAUGCAGCAUCAGGUCAGUGUCUGAAAACACUUGCAGAUGAUGAUAACCCUCCUAUCUCCUUUGUAAAAUUUUCUCCAAAUGGUAAAUAUAUCCUCAUUGCUACUCUGGAUAAUACUCUUAAACUAUGGGAUUACAGCAGAGGCAGAUGCCUGAAGACAUACAGUGGUCAUAAGAACGAGAAAUACUGCAUAUUUGCCAGUUUUUCAGUUACUGGUGGAAAGUGGAUUGUAUCUGGCUCAGAAGAUAAUCUGGUUUACAUUUGGAACCUUCAGACUAAAGAGAUUGUACAGAAAUUGCAAGGUCAUACAGACGUUGUAAUCUCGGUAGCUUGUCAUCCCACAGAAAAUAUCAUUGCAUCAGCAGCAUUAGAAAGUGACAAAACUGUUAAACUCUGGAUGAGUAGCUACUAGACUCUUAUUCCAAAAUCAAGUAGUAAAGCUAAGUUGGCACCAAAAGGAAUGAUGGUUUCACGGAAUUUGGGAACUUUUUUAUUUUGUAACUGCCCUGGAUUAUAAAAUUUUAAGAUGUAUAACCUAAAUUUAAAACUAAUCAGUUGGAAAAGCAAGUCUAGAGUUUAAACCUUCCUCCGUUCUUGUGUGUGAGCUAUACCGUGGACCGUAGGGGUGCCAGGGA